AUGGCCUCACUCCUCGUUCACCUUUUCCGAAGAGCAGGUGAAAAUUUCACCUUGCUCUUUAAGAUUCGAGAUGACGUGGACCCCGCUCAACCAAACAAGAUUCGUUAUGGUAUUCGAAGACCGCAAAAUCCAAUCCUGUUGCUGUCCCGCUUAGAAAGAGAUCACUGGUUGGCUUUGUUUGUCGGUUUUCUCGCUUUCUAUGCCGAUUUCUUGGACUUUAAUGUCCUCGCUGCUGCCACAAAGAAGAUUGCUGCUUACUAUGGGACAACCAAGGCACACGUUAGUGAUUCCAUCACUUACACUAUGGCUUUGCGCGUGUUCGGGGCCGCCAUCUUUGGAUUUUUAGGCGAUCUCAUCGGACGUCGAUGGCCAUUAAUUAUAGAUUUAGUUAUCCUUGGAUCUCUUCAAAUCGCAUCUAUCUACUGCACAAAUGUUAACCGAUUCUUAGGAGUUCGGGCACUUUUUGGAAUAGGCAUGGGUGGGAUUUGGGGUUGUUCGGCAAGCCAUUUGAUGGAAAAUGCCCCUCUUGAAGCCCGUGGGUUGAUAGGGGGCAUUUUCCAAGCAAGCGCAGCAUGUUCAGGUUUAACUGCGGCAGGACUAAAUAUGGCAUUCGGAGCGGCUCCUAAUACGUGGAAAAAGAUGUUUUGGAUCAGUUGUGGAUUAUCGUAUUUUGCCGCAUUGGUACGAUUCUUGGUUCCCGAAUCAAAACAAUUCCUCGAAGCAGCAAAGAAGAAGAAAGAAUUAGAAGCACUUCACGGUCAACGAAGUGGAAGCAAAACCAAAAUCGUAAAGUUUUGCAAAGAAUUCAAAAAGAUGUUCAAACUUCAUUGGCAAACAUUCAUUUAUAGCGCUGCAUUCGUUUGUUUGACAAGCUGGGCUGUUCAUUCUUAUGCCGAUAAUUACGUCACAUUCCUCAUUUCAGGAAAAGGGAUCAAUAAUCGAGAUGCAUCUGUGAUCACAAUGAUUACCAAGAGUGGUUGUAUAGUCGGUAUGAUCACGAUCGGUUGGCUGGGAGAGUAUGUCGGUCGACGUAGAAUGGCUGCUUUUGCAACUUUUAUGGCAGCUUGUCUUUUACCUGCUUCGAUCCUCCCAAAUUCAAAAACAAGUUUAGCUGUUGCAGGUUGGUUUUAUCAGUUCUUCUUCGAAUCUUAUGGUGCAAUUCUAGCAGCUCACCUCAACGAACUUUCACCUGUCGCAUUCCGUGCAGUGAUGCCAGGAGUUGCUUAUCAAUUGGGAACCUCUAUUUCUGCACCUAGCGCAAUGAUCGUGAACGAUAUCGCAGAAGAUCGUUUUAUCAACGUCAAUGGCAAAAAGGAAGAAGCAUAUGAGCCAGUAAUUGGAAUCACAAUGGCAAUUUGCUAUUUCUUGAUGAUCUUGUUGGCCGUUUUUGGACCUGAAAAACGUGGAGCAGAUUUGGAGCAUUUCCAGCCGGCAGGUUUCAAAAGUGAAAGUAGUACAAUAAUCAGCUCUCCUGAAAGUCAUACUGACAAAGAAUUGGAAGCCGUUAACUCAACCGAGAAGUCUGGUUGA